AUGAUUCUUCUCUUUAGUACUCUCCGAAUUUCACUCUUCUCUUUGGCACUUGUAAUCGCUGGCUACGUUUUUCUAAAAAAACCGAGUAAAUGUGAAGUUAACAACUCAACCAUCCCUGAGCCACUGGGAGCUUUGCCUUUACUCGGCCACCUCCACCUUCUGCGCGGUAAAGAACUCGUCUUCAAGAAACUAGCUGCCAUGUCCGACAAACUUGGUCCUAUCUUCUCUCUCAAGUUAGGAUUUCACAGGCUAGUUGUAGCCAACGACCCCGAGACCGUCAAAGAUUGUUUCACCACCAACGACUUGGUUCUAGCCACCAGACCCAAUAUAGCCUUUGGUCGUUACGUAGGCUACAACAACGCAGCCCUCGCAGUGGCUCCCUACGGAGACUAUUGGCGUGAGCUACGUAAGAUCACCACCGUCCAUCUCUUCUCGAACCAGAGUAUACAGAUGCUCGGCCACAUUCGUUAUUCCGAAGUUAACGAGUUGAUCAAACACCUAUACAAAGGGAGUGAUGGUACUUCGGUGGUGAAGAUUGACAUGUUGUUCGAGUUUCUGACCUUUAAUAUAAUCCUUAGGAAGAUGGUCGGGAAGAGGAUUGGAUUCGGCGAAGUGAAUAGCGAAGAGUGGCGUUACAAGGAGGCGAUGAAGCAUAGUGAGUACUUGGCUGCGGUUUUCAUGAUAGGCGAUAUGAUUCCAUGGCUAGGUUGGUUGGAUUUUGCGAAAAUAUCUCAAAUGAAGAGAACGUCUAAGAAGCUUGACUCGGUCAUCACUAAGUGGCUCCAAGAACAUCUCAAGAAGAGAUCAAGAAACGAAAAGGAUCAAGAGAAGACUAUCAUGGAUCUAUUGCUCGACAUCUUACCAGAAGAUGUUGUGAUAGGUGGACAUGUACGCGAUAUCAUUGUCAAGGCAACUAUUUUGGUUCUUACAUUAACGGGAUCAGACAGCACAUCCAUCACGUUGACAUGGGCAGUAUCGCUGCUGCUUAACAAUCCGACUGCUUUAAAAGCAGCAAAAGAAGAGAUUGAAAAUAAGGUCGGGAAAGAGAGAUGGAUUGAAGAAUCCGAUAUACAAGACCUCAAGUACCUACAAGCUAUUGUCAAGGAAACUCACCGGCUAUACCCACCGGCUCCUCUUACAGGCAUCCGGGAAGCAAGUGAAGAUUGUUUACUUGGAGGAUACCGUGUUGAGAAAGGCACACGCUUGCUUGUAAACAUUUGGAAACUUCACAGGGAUCCCAAGAUCUGGCCUGACCCUAAAGCAUUCAAGCCUGAGAGGUUCUUGGAGGAGAAAUCGCGAUGUGAAAAGAGCGACUUUGAGUAUAUUCCGUUCGGAACAGGAAGAAGGUCUUGUCCAGGGAUGAAUCUUGGCUUAAGAAUUGUUCAUUUAGUGUUGGCUCGGUUGAUUCAGGGGUUUGAGUUACGCAAGUUGUCUGAUGGACCUUUGGAUAUGGCUGAAGGGCCCGGUUUAGCCAUGCCAAAGAUCAACCCGGUUGAAGUUAUGGUUAAGCCUCGGCUGAAGCCCGAGUUGUACUAA